AAAUGACGUUUGACAUCGCAACUGUCUAAGAGCAUUUCUUUUAGUCAGGAAAGAUAAAUAAUGUGUAUUGUAAAUGUGAACACAAUUCAAAAUUUAUGAUUAUUACAUUGUUUUAAUUUGAUAAUUUUAUGGUAAUAUAAAAAUCAGUCAUGGCAGAUGCUGCGGCCAGACAGCUUCAGUAUGAAUACAAAGCCAAUUCAAACCUCGUGCUUCAAGCCGAUGUUAGACUCAUCGAACGUCGUAGCAGAGAUGAAGCCACUGGAGAAGUUAUGUCCCUUGUUGGAAAACUUAUAGGAACAAAAAUGGGAGAUAGAGCACAAAGAACCCGACCAGGAAAAGCUGAAGAACGUAAAGCUAAGCGCCAAAAACGAGAUGAAGCACAGUAUGAUUUUGCUAGAAUGAAAGGUGCCACACUUCUUUCAGAAGGUGUAGAUGAAAUGGUAGGAAUAAUAUAUAGACCCAAAACACAAGAAACACGACAAACAUACGAAGUUCUAUUGAGUUUCUUACAAGAAGCUCUUGGUGAUCAACCCAGAGAUAUUUUAUGCGGUGCAGCUGAUGAAGUAUUGCAGGUUUUGAAAAAUGAUAAACUCAAAGAAAGAGAGAAAAAGAAAGAAACUGAAACUUUACUAGGUCCAAUAGCAGAUGAGAGAUUUGCACUUUUAGUGAAUUUAGGGAAAAAAAUCACAGACUUUGGAAAUGAAGAUCCUAAAGGAAUUACAGGUGAAGAUAAUAUUGAUGAAACUUAUGGAAUCAAUGUACAGUUCCAAGAAGAAUCAGAGGAAGAAGAUGGAGAAGAUCCUCACGGAGAAGUUCGUGAAGAAAUGGAUGAAGAAGAAGGAGAAGAAGCAAAAGAAGAUAGUGCUAUUCAUGCUGAAAAUUUGGGAGGCGUUGAAGAAUCCAAAAAGGAAAAAUCUUUACAUCCUCUAGAUAUUGACGCUUAUUGGCUGCAAAGAAAAUUGUCAAAGAUAUAUGAUGAUGCAAUGAUAUCUCAAGCUAAAGCUGGAGAAGUUUUGAAUGUUCUUAGAGAUGCUGGCGACGAAAGAGAAUGUGAAAAUCAAUUGGUAUUAUUAUUAGGUUAUGAUUGCUUCGAUUUUAUUAAACAACUCAAAAAGCACAGACAAAUGAUUUUGUAUUGUACUUUAUUGGCAAAAUCUCAAAGCGAGUCUGAACGACAAAGGAUUAAAGAUAGAAUGUCAGAUGAUCAAUCCUUAAAACGCGUAUUAAAACUUCUCGAAACGGGACGAGGGGAUGAUGAUGAUGACGACGAAAAUAGCGAAUCUAUUUCCCAUAAUCGCAGAAGUAAAAAUGAGAUGGAUGAUACAGAUUUGGGUACUACUCAAAUAGCGGGCUCAAGACAUGUAGUUGAUUUUGAGGACUUGGUUUUUUCACAGGGCUCGCACUUCAUGGCCAACAAGAGAUGUCAGUUACCAGAUGGUUCAUUCAGAAAACAACGCAAAGGUUAUGAAGAAGUUCAUGUCCCUGCACUGAAACCCAAACCAUUUAGUGAAAAUGAAAAAUUGGUUACAAUAGAUCAACUACCCAAAUACGUUCAGCCGGUUUUUGAUGGCUUUAAAUCCCUAAAUAGAAUACAAAGUAGGUUAUGCAAGUCUGCUUUGGAAUCUGACGAAAACUUACUGCUGUGUGCGCCUACGGGGGCAGGUAAAACUAAUGUGGCUCUACUUUGUAUGAUGCGGGAGAUUGGUAAACAUAUAAAUACUGAUGGUACAAUUAAUGUAGAUGAUUUUAAGAUUAUUUACGUAGCUCCGAUGAGAUCUUUAGUACAAGAAAUGGUUGGUAGCUUUGGAAAGAGAUUGAGUAGUUACAAUAUAACAGUUUCUGAAUUAACUGGAGAUCAUCAGUUAACUAGAGAACAGAUUCAAGGUACUCAAAUUAUAGUAUGUACCCCAGAAAAAUGGGAUAUUAUUACUAGAAAAGGAGGUGAAAAAACGUUUACAUCUCUGGUCAGACUAAUUAUCAUUGAUGAAAUUCAUUUGCUUCAUGAUGAAAGAGGACCAGUACUGGAAGCUUUAGUAGCCAGAACAAUUCGUAUGAUUGAAUCGACACAAGAAGAUGUUAGGCUAGUAGGCUUGUCAGCUACCCUUCCGAAUUACCAAGAUGUAGCUGCUUUUUUAAGAGUAAAACAUGAUACUGGUUUAUUCCACUUUGAUAACAGCUACAGACCAGUAGCUUUAGAACAACAAUACAUUGGUGUUACAGAAAAAAAGGCUCUCAAAAGAUUCCAGGUUAUGAAUGAAAUUGUGUAUGAGAAAACAAUGGAGCAUGCUGGUAGAAAUCAAGUGUUAAUAUUUGUUCAUUCGAGAAAAGAAACUGGGAAAACUGCCAGAGCUAUACGGGAUAUGUGCUUGGAAAAAGAUACUUUGGGUCAGUUUUUACGAGAAGGAUCUGCUUCUAUGGAAGUUUUGAGAACCGAAGCUGAACAAGUGAAGAAUCAAGAAUUAAAAGAUUUAUUGCCGUACGGUUUUGCUAUACAUCAUGCUGGUAUGACUAGAGUGGAUAGGACUUUAGUUGAAGAUUUAUUUGCAGAUAGGCAUAUACAAGUAUUAGUUUCAACAGCAACUUUGGCCUGGGGUGUCAAUUUACCAGCUCACACUGUAAUAAUAAAAGGUACUCAAAUUUAUAAUCCAGAAAAAGGUAGAUGGGUGGAACUUGGUGCUCUAGAUGUUCUUCAGAUGUUGGGUAGAGCUGGUCGCCCACAGUAUGACACAAAAGGUGAAGGCAUUCUAAUAACUAACCACAGUGAACUUCAAUAUUACCUUUCUUUAUUGAAUCAACAACUACCGAUAGAAUCGCAAAUGAUUUCUAAAUUACCAGAUAUGCUCAAUGCGGAGAUAGUUUUAGGCACAAUACAAAAUAUGAGGGAUGCGGUUACGUGGUUAGGUUACACUUAUCUUUACAUUAGGAUGUUGAGACAACCAACACUUUAUGGAAUAUCUCAUGAUCAUCUUAAACACGAUCAACUGUUAGAACAACACAGAGCCGAUCUUAUUCACACUGCAGCAAUGCUUUUAGAUAAAAGUAAUCUCAUCAAAUAUGAUAGGAAAAGUGGACAAUUUCAAGUCACAGAAAUUGGAAGAAUAGCUUCACAUUAUUAUUGUACUCAUGAUACUAUGCAAACUUACAAUCAACUAUUAAAACCUAUGCUUAGUGAAAUAGAACUGUUUAGAGUAUUCUCUCUAUCUGGGGAAUUUAAAAAUUUGACAGUAAGAGAAGAAGAAAAACUCGAAUUGCAAAAACUGAUGGAACGAGUGCCAAUUCCAAUAAAAGAAGGCAUAGAAGAACCUAGUGCAAAGGUAAACAUUCUACUUCAAGCUUACAUCUCUCAACUAAAACUAGAAGGUUUCGCUUUAAUGUCAGAUAUGGUUUAUGUAACUCAAUCUGCUUCAAGAUUAAUGAGAGCAAUAUUCGAGAUAGUAUUACAUAGAGGAUGGGCUCAAUUGGCCGAUAAGUCUUUAGCGUUAUGCAAAAUGGUCGAUAAAAGGAUGUGGCAGUCGAUGUCACCGUUAAGACAGUUUAGAAAGAUGCCAGAAGAGAUUGUCAAAAAAAUUGAGAAGAAAAAUUUUCCGUGGGAAAGGUUGUAUGAUUUGGGGCCUAAUGAAAUUGGUGAGUUAGUUCGUGCACCUAAGCUGGGGAAAACCAUACAUAAAUAUGUACAUCAAUUUCCAAAACUUGAGCUCUCCACCCAUAUUCAACCAAUAACAAGAUCAAUGCUGAAAGUUGAACUCACUAUUACCCCAGAUUUUCAAUGGGAAGAAAAAUUACAUGGAGCUUCUGAGGCUUUUUGGAUAUUGGUGGAAGACGUUGACUCGGAAGUCAUAUUACAUCACGAAUAUUUCCUCCUGAAAUCUAAAUAUUCUCAAGAUGAACAUUCUGUGAAGUUCUUUGUUCCCAUUUUUGAACCACUACCCCCUCAAUAUUUCCUUAGGAUAGUCUCAGAUCGAUGGAUCGGCGCAGAGACUCAAUUGCCAGUAUCUUUCAGACAUUUAAUUCUACCUGAAAAGAAUUUUCCGCCUACAGAAUUGUUGGAUUUGCAACCUCUGCCGAUUACUGCUCUCAGAAAUGAACAAUAUGAAUCGCUAUAUUCGGAAAAAUUUCCACAAUUUAAUCCAGUACAAACACAGGUGUUUAAUUCAGUUUACAAUGGAGAUGACAACAUAUUUAUUGGAGCGCCAACAGGAUCUGGAAAGACAACAAUAGCAGAAUUCGCCAUACUUAGACUUUUCGAUAGAAGUCCUGAAGGAAGAUGCGUUUAUCUUGUCCCCAAAGACGCACUAGCAGAACUAAUUUUUGCCGACUGGCAUAACAAGUUUGGGCAGAGCUUAGGAAAAAAAGUCGUACUGCUUACUGGUGAAACUGGUACUGAUUUGAAGCUUCUAGCAAAAGGACAGGUGAUAAUAACUACUGCUGAAAAAUGGGAUGUCCUCUCUAGACGCUGGAAACAAAGAAAAAAUGUGCAAAAUAUCAAUUUAUUUAUAGUCGAUGAAUUACAUCUUAUUGGGGGAGAAGAUGGUCCUGUUAUAGAAAUUGUAUGCUCCAGAAUGAGGUACAUAUCAUCUCAAAUAGAAAGACCAAUUCGCAUUGUAGCUCUCAGCGCUUCUCUUGCCGAUUAUAAAGACAUAGCUCAAUGGUUGGGUUGCAAUGCAAAUGCUACUUUCAAUUUUCAUCCAAGCGUACGGCCAGUAACACUCGAACUUCACGUUCAAGGUAUAAAUAUCACUCACAAUGCAUCCAGACUAAUAGCCAUGGCUAAACCAGUGUAUAACUCUAUUCUAAGACACAGUCCACAUAAACCGGCAAUUGUUUUUGUACCAACAAGGAAGCAAGCGAGAUUAACAGCUAUUGAUUUAUUAACGUAUGCUGCCGCCGAAGGGCAUCCUGACAAAUUCUUCCAUGCAGAAGAGGAAGAUAUUAAACCAUUUUUGGACAGAAUGUCUGAUAAGACAUUGAAAGAAACUUUAUCUCAAGGAGUUGCCUACAUGCACGAAGGCUUGACGGCCAGUGACCUUCGCUUAGUAGAACAACUUUUUGACUCUGGAGCAGUUCAAGUUGCUGUUGUUACUAGAGAUCUCUGUUGGGCAGUUAAUAUAUUCAGUCACUUGGUUGUUAUUAUGGAUACGCAAUAUUACAAUGGUAAAAUACAUGCCUAUGAAGAUUAUCCGAUUACUGAUGUUCUACAAAUGGUUGGAAGAGCCAACAGGCCUUUGGAAGACGAUGAUGCAAAAUGUGUGUUGAUGUGCCAGAGUUCCAAAAAAGACUUUUUCAAGAAAUUUUUGAGUGAUCCUUUACCUGUUGAGAGCCAUUUGGACCACAGAUUGCAUGAUCAUUUUAAUGCAGAAAUAGUAACGAAAACCAUUGAAAAUAAACAAGAUGCAGUGGAUUAUUUAACAUGGACUUUUGUUUACCGUCGUUUGACCCAAAAUCCCAAUUACUACAAUUUACAAGGUGUUACCCACAGACAUUUAUCAGAUCAUCUGUCAGAAUUAGUAGAAAAUACACUUUCUGAUUUGGAACAAUCCAAAUGCAUCAGUAUAGAAGACGAAAUUGAUUGUGUACCUUUAAACUUGGGAAUGAUUGCUGCAUACUAUUACAUCAAUUACACCACUAUAGAAUUAUUCAGCUUAUCACUAAAUAGCAAAACUAAGAUAAGAGGACUAUUAGAAAUUAUCUCGUCAGCUGCUGAAUAUGAAGAAGUUCCAGUUAGACAUCGUGAAGACAAUAUUUUAAAGCAAUUGGCACAAAAACUGCCAAACAAACUCACCUCACCAUCUGGUGGACAACCGAAGUUCAAUGAUCCACAUGUAAAAACAAAUCUUCUUUUACAGGCACAUUUAUGUCGAUUACAACUUGGAGCAGAACUUCAAGGUGAUACAGAAAUGGUACUUUCUAAAGCUAUAAGAUUGAUUCAAGCUUGUGUAGAUGUACUCAGUUCAAAUGGUUGGCUUUCUCCUGCUGUAGCUGCUAUGGAAUUGGCACAGAUGGUGACACAAGCUAUGUGGAGUAAAGACUCUUAUCUUAAACAAUUACCACACUUUAAUCCUGACGUUAUCAAGCGAUGUACUGAAAAGGGAGUCGAAACUGUGUUUGAUAUUAUGGAACUGGAAGACGAAGAUAGAAGUAAACUUCUUCAAAUGACUGAAAAUCAAAUGGCAGAUGUAGCGAAGUUUUGUAACAGAUAUCCUAAUAUCGAGUUAACUUAUGAAGUUAUAGACAAAGAUCAAAUCCAUUCAGGUUCCUCAGUACAUGUAGCUGUACAAUUAGAAAGAGAAGAUGAAGUUAGUGGACCAGUUAUAGCUCCAUUCUUUCCACAGAAACGUGAAGAAGGUUGGUGGGUAGUAAUUGGAGAACCCAAAUCAAAUUCUCUACUUUCAAUCAAAAGAUUGACACUCCAACAAAAAGCGAGAGUGAAAUUGGACUUUGUGGCACCUAGUCCUGGUCAUCAUAACUACACACUCUAUUUCAUGAGCGAUGCUUACUUAGGUUGUGAUCAAGAAUAUAAGUUUUCUAUUGAAGUGGGCGAUUUUGAAUCUAGUGCUAGUGACUCUGAGUAGUUUUAUACAAUUCAACUGAAUUAAAAUAUAAAUAUAUUUACUUUUAAGUAA